AUGUCGAACGAUGUUCCCAGCAUGGUAACGUCUGGCCGCAAAAGAGGCCACAGCCGAUACAGUGACGAUUCUCCUCGACCCGACAUUGCGAAACGAGCGAAAACGCUGCUGGAUUGUAACGGCGAUGACCGAGAACGCCGUCACGUCGAUUAUACAGUGGGAUGGAUCUGUGCGCUUCACAGUGAGCUGGCUGCAAGUCGUGCCAUUCUCGAUCGCCAGCACAGAGAUCUGUUCAAGAUAGCCAACGACCCCAACGAAUACAUCCUGGGCAACAUCGUUGGGCACAACGUCGCCAUGGCGUGCUUACCCUUGGGCCAGUAUGGCACGAAUAACGCGGCGAUCGUGGCAAGCAACAUGCGUUCGAGCUUCCCCUCGAUCCGCGUGGGGUUGAUGGUCGGCAUCGGCGGCGGGGUUCCUGGCGACGGCUUCGACAUCCGGCUAGGCGACGUUGUGGUCAGCACCACGGUGAUACAGUACGACUUGGGCAAGAUCUUACCGGGCGAGCGUGUUCAGCGGACUGCAAUACCGAAGGUGGCCCCGCAUCAUCUUUUGAACGCUGUCGCGAAGUUGCGGGCAUUGCACGAGUCCAUUCCCAGUGGCGUGCCUUCGAUACUUGAAGAGAUGUUCCACCACCACCCCAGGAUGGCCCAAGAAUAUGCGUAUCCAAGUCACUGUGAAGAUCGACUGUUUAACUCCACGUACGACCAUGGAAAAUUAGCAGACUGCAAACAUUGCGACCCGCUGGAAGUGCAGCCCCGGCUCCAGCGACAGAAUAACCUCCCACGCAUCCACUACGCGAAGGAGCUUGGUGUUAUUUGCUUCGAGAUGGAGGCAGCCGGGCUGGUAGAUCAGUUCCCCUUCAUGCCGGUCCGAGGAAUCUGCGAUUACGCAGAUUCCCACAAGAAUAAGCAGUGGCAAAGAUACGCAGCGGCAACAGCAGCAGCCUACACGAAAGAGCUGCUCUCCACCAUGGCUCCAAGCAUGGUCGAGGCAAUACUAGCCGCUGACGUGCGGGAACCAACAACAUGUAAGAAAGCUACAAGAUCGCAGAGCGCAUUUGUCGGAGCUGCUGAGAUUUGA